CUCACUUUCUCUUUCUAUAACAGAGUUUUGAGGCAGACUUUUUGGACUCUCUCUUUCUUAUUCACUGUCUUUUAGUAGCCUUCUACUGAAAAAAAAAUCUAUAUAAAUCACUCUGAAUUUGGCAAUGAAAUAAAUGGGAUAUCCUGUUUUAGACAAUGUAUCCUUUUCUACACUGUUACAAAUUAAAAUCCUUUAAAAGGAUAGCUAAUCAAGAAGUGAGAGAGUGAGUGAGCAAAUGCAAACCAGGAGCAGUGUAGCAUAGCUAGAUAGUACUAGUAAAAUGUAAUGACCCAUGAACAAGCACUGGUUUUGGUGCCCAAUAGUCUCUUCUGGUUGGCUGUCUGUCUAAUCCUUUCUGACAAUACUUAGCUGUUCUUUUUAAACUUUACCUGAAAACUGAGUGACCCUUCUGCUAAAUUCCAAACUUAAUUUCCUUCUCCAUUAGCAUUCUCUUUUUAUCAGUUACUACUGCUUGAUAGUGUGUACAGUUCUUCUCUUCAGCUUUUUUUUCCAGUACUACACUUUUCUGCUAUGGCUAUUAUCACAAACUUCCUCUAUUUUAGCAAUAUCCCAUCAUAGUUUUUUUUCCCCACAUACAAAGACAAAAGCUUUUCUCUUUUUCUCCUUCAAGAAAUCGCAUAAUAGCGACAAAUUAGAGAUGGGCUGUGGUUUGUCAAAGCAAAAUGAAGAAGAUGAUGUUGUAGCAUUGUGUGGAGAAAGAAAAAGGUUGCUUAAAUUGGCUGUGGAAAAAAGGUAUGCUUUUGCAGACGCUCAGUUUAAGUAUAAUCAGUCUCUUUAUGCUGUUGCAAUGGCUUUGAGGUUGUUUGUUGCUAGACAUUCUUCACCAUCUUCUCCUUUUCUUCUUACUUUCCCUUCUUGUUCUGAUACUAAUGGUGAUACCAAUGAGACUAUUCCCAAUGACCCAAUGUUUCUUCAACAAAGUCCAACUCAACCUACGCUUGAAACUACUGCAUGUCAGCCUCUAGAGACAAAAGCACAAGAAACCCAAGAAGAUAAUGAUGAUAGUGAGGAGGAAUCUGCGGAAGAAAGUGAAAGUGAAGAGCUUUGUGAGCAUUUUUAUGGGGAGAAUGAUCCACCCGAAGUGCCAUCACCAAAUGGGCAAUUUGGGUGGGAUUUCUUCUACUCUUAUGAUGAAAUGAGGUCAGAGAUGCUAAAUGGGUUUACCCAAAUUCAUGAUGACGAUUUAAGGGCUGUGAGAGAGAAAGAAGGGAUUCCAGAGCUGGAAGAUGAUGGAGAGAAAGUAAUGAAUGAGGAUAAGAAUGUAAAAAAUUAUAGUAUGGGUCAUAGAGAGAGUGGAAUUGCAAAUGCUAGAGGUGAAGAUAAUAAUAAUAAUGUAGGCCAAGAGGAGACCAAGGGAUUGGGAGUGAUUGAUACACCAGCAAAUGGUAGGGAAUUGUUGGAAGCACUAAAAGAUAUUGAGGACCAUUUCUUGAGGUCUUAUGAUUCUGGUUUGGAUAUUUCAAGGAUGCUAGAGGCCAACAGAGUACCAUUGCAAUCUGGUCUAGAGGAAAUCAAAGAGAGCUCAAAUAAGCUCAUCAGAUCAAUUACAUGGAACCGAUCCACGUCAUCGCGGUCUUCCUCCAGUAAAAGUCUCCUCACAUCUACUUCUACUAAUUCAUCAGUGUGGACAGAUUUCAAGGCUGAUCUAUUUGAUGACUUUGGGAUGGAAGCAGGGAGUCAUUCAUUGACUCUAGGGAGGUUAUACGCUUGGGAGAAGAAGCUCUACCAGGAGGUGAAGGCUGGAGAUAAGACCCGGAAAAUAUAUGAACGGAAAUGCUCUUACUUGAGACGCAUGGAUGCUACAGGAGAUGGCUUCUACACCAUAGAUAAAUCGACGGAUGAAGUAAAAGAAUUACAUUCCAGGAUCUCAGUUGCAAUAAGAAGUGUAGAAUCAAUCUCUGAGAGAAUAGAAAAGCUGAGAGAUACAGAGUUGCAGCCCCAACUUCUUGAGUUGCUCCAUGGUCUAAUGAGAAACUGGAAGAUGAUGUUGGAAUCACAUGAAACACAAAAACAAGUCAUGCUUGAAGUGAAAUUCUUCAACUGUCCAGCAUAUGAAAAGUUUUCUAAUGACUGUCAUCGUCUUGCCACUCUUCAGCUUGAGGCAGAACUUGAUAAUUGGUGUGCCUGCUUUUCAGCAUAUGUAACUACACAGAAAGCCUACAUUGAAGCUCUAAGCGGCUGGCUUUCGAAGUUCAUCGCUCCUGAAUUUGAAUUCUACUCCAGUAGAAAGUACAUAUCUCCACCUUGUAGAAUUAAUGGGCCGCCAUUACUAGUGAUUUGUCAUGAAUGGUUAGCUUGGUUGGACAAGUUGCCAGAUAAUGCGGUAACAUAUGCCAUGAAAAGCUUUGGGAAGGAUAUUCAUGCUCUGUGGAGUCAACAAGGAAAAGAGCAACAGCAGAAGAGGAAGGUUGAUGACCUAGCCAAAGAACUUGACAGAAGGACUCUGGCUUUUCAAAGAGCAGAGAGGAGGAUCCUUACGUCCAAGAUUUCUGAGCAGGAGACAGAGGCUAGUGUGCGCCAUAAUAUAGAAUACUUAGUAGAAGGGAAAAGAUUAUUGAAUUUGUUCAGAAAUACACUAGAUGAAGAGAAAGAAAAGCACCUGAACAGCAUGCAGGGGACUCAGCAAAUCACUGUAAGUGGAUUUCAGACAGGUUUUUCUUCAGUUUUCGAGUCAUUGGCGGAGUUUUCUAAAGCAUCUGUCAAGAUGUAUGUUGAUCUUGUAACAUACAGUGCAAAUGCAAAGACAGCUGAGAAAAAUAAUGGCGAUGUAUCCUAUAUAGAUGGGAUAUUCUCUUAGGCUCUGAGUUGAAAAGAAGUGAAAAUGGCAAGUAGAUAAUUGUUUGUGAAUCUUGAAGUUUCUCAAUCCUUGGUUAUGUCUCAAAGAUAAGUUGUGUGUAUAGUGAGAUUUUGUCAAAGCAUUUAAAGUAUUUUUUUUUAAAA